CUGGAUUUUCCUAGUCCCUUUUCCUGGCGCCUGGUAAAGUUGUCAAACCCCGAUCUCUUCAGGCCUGAAGAUGAAGGCAAGAAGAAACAAAAAACAAGUCCCGAGCUUUCGGAAGUUGAUAAGAACGAGUAAAGUCAAACUUGAAAACAAGCUUAAAAAUAAGCAGUUUAAACAACAAAGCACUCUCAAGAAGUACCGGAAAGAACAGAGGAAACUAAGGCAAGCUGUAAGAGAUGCGGUGUCGAAGAAACCCGUUCCCCUGGAGGACCCAAAGGGAAAACGGCCAGGUAAAAGGAUUGAGAGGGACGAGGAGGAAGAAGAGGAAGCUCUUCCUUUGGAUAUGAUGGAUGAAGAUGACUUACAGUUAAUGAAGGAUUUGGGACAAAGAGCGUCUUUCCUAACACGAGAUCUUUCCUCCAGUGAGCCUGCUCACGUCAAGAAACGAAAGCACGAAAGCAUCAUAGAGAAAUAUGAGAAAACACCGCGAACUCUGCCAUCGGCGCCGGAGAAGGAGCUGAUUCACUUGCUGCCUAUCAAAGAUAAAAGCGGGAUCAUUCCGCAGACCAGGGAGAAGCCAGUUAUUGACAGUAGCAAAGAGGAAGAGGAUCAAGAAGAUGAGACAGGACAAGAGGAAGAGAUGAUUCAAGAUCCCAUUCCAGAGCUGACCAUAGAAGAACACUUACGCGAGAGGACGAAGAAGCUGCAGGAGAAGAAAAUGCAUAUUGCAGCCUUGGCAGCGGCCAUCCUGUCAGAUCCAGAAAGUAAUAUUAAAAAGCUGAAAGAAUUACGUUCCAUGCUCGUGGAACAGGACCCGGAUGUGGCUGUGACUGUCCGAAAGCUGGUGGUCAUUUCUUUGAUGGAGUUAUUUAAGGACAUUACCCCUUCGUAUAAAAUCCGGCCCUUAACAGAAGCAGAGAAAUCUACCAAGAUACGCAAAGAAACCCAGAAAUUGAGGGAAUUUGAAGAAGGCUUGGUUAGCCAAUACAAAUUUUAUUUGGAAAAUCUGGAACAAAUGGUUAAAGACUGGAAGCAGAGGAAACUGAAGAAAAGUAAUGUCGUUUCCCUAAAGGCUUAUAAAGGACUGGCAGAAGUGGCUGUAAAGAGCCUGUGUGAGCUGUUGGUGGCACUACCUCAUUUCAACUUCCACAACAACAUCAUUGUAUUGAUCGUCCCGCUCAUGAAUGACAUGUCAAAGUCGAUAUCUGAUAUGUGUUGUGAGGCAGUGAAGAAACUCUUUAAACAAGAUAAACUAGGCCAAGCUUCCCUUGGUGUAAUUAAAGUAAUUUCUGGUUUUGUGAAGGGCAGAAAUUAUGACGUUAGGCCAGAGAUGUUGAAAACAUUCCUGUGCCUACGAAUCAAGGAAGUAGAAGUGAAAAAAGACACGGAGGACAUUAAUAAACCAAAAAGGUUUAUGACUUUCAAGGAAAAGCGAAAGACUCUGUCAAGAAUGCAGAGAAAGUGGAAAAAAGCCGAAGAGAAACUGGAGCGAGAGCUCCGGGAAGCAGAAGCCUCAGAAAGCACUGAGAGGAGACUGAGGCUGCAUACAGAGACUCUGAAUAUUGUGUUUGUAACCUACUUCAGAAUAUUAAAGAAGGCCCAAAGGUCACCUCUCCUGCCAGCAGUUCUAGAAGGACUUGCCAAGUUUGCUCACCUUAUCAAUGUGGAGUUUUUUGACGAUAUAUUAGUAGUACUGCAUACACUCAUUGAGUCUGGCGACCUAAGCUACCGAGAAAGUCUUCACUGUGUUCAAACUGCUUUUCAUAUUCUGUCGGGCCAGGGUGAUGUUCUCAAUAUUGACCCCAUGAAAUUUUAUACACACCUCUACAAAACACUAUUCAAGUUACACGCAGGUGCCACCAACAGUGGUGUCGAGAUUGUGCUGCAGUGCCUGGAUGUCAUGCUAACGAAGCGCAGGAAGCAGGUUUCUCAGCAGCGAGCUCUUGCUUUUAUUAAGCGCCUUUCUACCCUGGCUCUUCACGUUCUUCCAAACGCGAGCAUUGGUAUUUUAGCAACUAACAGAGUGCUAAUGCACACCUUCCCCAAAACAGAUCUGUUGCUUGACAAUGAAUCUCAGGGAAGUGGGGUCUUUCUGCCUGAACUGGAUGAGCCAGAGUACUGUAAUGCCCAGAACACGGCUCUUUGGGAAUUGCACGCACUGCGGAGACAUUACCAUCCCAUAGUGAAGAUCUUUGCAGCUCACCUGAUCGCAGGAGCACCUUCCGAAGGCUCUCAAGCUCUCAAACCAGACUUGAGCCGAAGAACCGCUGCUGAACUUUUUGAGACCUACUGCAUGGCAGCAAUGACAUUUAAUCCUCCUGUUGAAUCUUUCAACUCCAAAAGGAAGGAUAAGGAUUUACAAGGAGACUCAUUUUUGAAUGAAGAUUUAAAUGAGCUCAUCAAACGACAUUGCGGUGAAGCUGCUGCUCAGUUUCUGCCGGAUUUCACCAAAUGUUGGGGAACAUCACGAUGAUCAUGAAGGAUGAAGAGUGUUGGUGUGUUUGUGCAGAGACACACAAAGAGAAGCUGUUAACGUGCAAGCUUUUUUUUUAUACACGAGAAACUUUCUAAGAAUGAGUAAGAGGAAAGGAAGAGUUAGAUACUCUGUAACCUGGGGGUUCUAAAUGUCAUUAAGAAAGUAGAAUCAAAAGCUUUUUUUAAUGAUGCUGCCUUUAAAAAAUCUGCACAUUCUAAGUUAUUUGUGUAUGUAUAUAUACAUAAGUAUUUAGUCGCUUGUACACAUGGGAGGCCGUGGUGGUGGAGUGGGCCACGCAUUGGGCUACUAACUGCAGUUUUUCUUCUUGUUGAAUCAAAGUUGUUGGUUAAGGUUAGGGCACAGAAAAACCAACCAAGACAAUGCCUUUGGAUUAUUCAGCUUUUUUAAUAACCAAUGUAGCUUCAUAGGUGGAAGUGAGAAACGUUUUACAUUUGAGUGAAUGUUAUUUUCAAUAAAGAUUUUGAAAAAGGAGAGAAUAGUAUGAGAUUAGACCCCAGAUUCACUGGUUCUUCCUGAAUAAGGUCUUAAGAACAGAGUGAGUGUUCAUUAUGGCUGCUUUCAAAGAACGCUGGAGUGCGGUACCGGUCUCUGAAGUCCUUUGCAUUGUCUGACAUGCUCUGGAGGUGGUAGAGGAGGAAUUUGUUCAAGGAUGUACUAAAUCAUGACUUUUACAAUUUGAUUUUGGGGUAGAAGCUACCAGUGUGGAGAGGUUGUGUGUGUGGGGGUGUAGGGCGUAUGUACAAUGCCUAUUAUGAAUUGCCAAGAAACAUUUUAUGUUGCAAUUCCUAUAUUCUAGGAAUGGCUUGUGAAAUCUGUUUUGAUGCCUGGCUAUAAAUAUUCUCUACUGUGAA